AUGCUGCGGCUCUUGGGUUUGAUUAUCCUUGCUGCUGCUUGUGAUGACUGCGGCGAAGAAGACUUGCUGCGGGUGACGCUGCUGCAGAUGAAUGAGUCCCAGAGCGAGCAAGAGAUUCAAGACUUUGCCGCGACAUCCAUGCUGCAAACCAACCUCGAAUUUUCCAAUACCGCCGAGGACGGGCAGACGAGGUCUCAGGAGCUUUGCUUGGACGAGCGAUACAAGCUGCCGAUGGGGCUGGAAUUCCAAGCGCAGCUCAUGGCUUUGCAAUCCUUCAAGGCCUUCCCAAAUCAUUGCAGGAACACGAGCAGAUUGGAACUCUUGCAAGAAGCUCUUCCAUUGGAUUAUAAUGCAAAUACCAAGAAUCGUGGCCACGAAGUCACCAUCAUUAGUUUCUACAUGGCCUUCUACAUUGUUUGCAUGGCCGUAUGUUCCGUGAAGUCUUCGAUGUGGUUGUUCUUCGGGUUGAGGGAGAGUGGCGGUUCCACAGUGGCGAUGUCGAACCGAGUCUGGUACUUCCAGGACGCGGCCGACCCCACGGACCCCGCGGCGUCCACGUCCUCGCCGUCCGUGGACGUGGAGGAAGAGACCUGGAAGGAAAGCUGCCCGGUGCCAUCCCCGGGGCUGGAUAGGUUGGCUGGCUGUGAGCUGGGCAAGCCCUUGGGUGGCGCGCUGGGGGCACUCGCAGGUGACUUGCCUCAAGUGGGUGGCAAAGAGAUGCAGGCUCGUGAAUGUGCUGCCUACUUCGAGCAGCUUUGGAAGGAGGACCGAUUUUUGAGUGAAAAACCGGAAGUGGACCGAGUGGGGGAGUUCAAUGCGAGCUUGGCAAGAGUGAUCAUCAAGAUUUACGGCAUCAGGACGAUGUUCUACUUGAUGUUCAUCAUGGCUCUUCAGAUCAUCGUGUCGCAGGUCUACUCCGUUUAUUUGGUGCAGAAAGCACUCGGUUAUUUCCAAUGGGUGCAGAAUUUCUACCAUGAGCACGGGAUUCUGCCGGACCUGCGAGAACCUCUCUUCGUGGCGAUGGCGGUCUUUUCGGCUCUUCCCUUGAGCAACAUUGUCUUGAGUUCUGUGAACAAUCACGUGCCCUGGCAUUGUGCCGCCUUGUGGAGGCUCUGUGGUGGCUUAUCGCUGGCACUCUUCCGGAAAGCUCAACGCUUGCCCUGUGCGAAACUCACCAACGAGACCGAAGGACACGAUGAAGAGGUGAACAAGGCCACUGGCGGCAUCGUGCAUAUGAUCCAGGCUGACCUGAUGACUCUUACCAAUUAUGACGUCAUGACCAACAUGCAGGGCUGCUACACUUGGCUGUGUAUGUGCGUGAACUCCACGAUCAGCAUCGUGGUGCUGAUGAUCUUGCUCUGGAAGCGCUUGAAGAUGGCCACCUUCUGGGCGAUCGCCGUGGCGAUUCCCAUGGUCUUCCUGUCCAUGACCAUGAGCGCCGGCCUGGGCCACGCCAUGUUUCGCCUCCAGGAGUGCAUGGACAAGCGCAUUUCCACCCUACGAGAGAUCCUCUUCGGCAUUCGGGUGGUGAAAUGCUACGCCUGGGAAGAUGCCAUGCAAAAGCUGAUCUCUGGGAUGAGGAAGGAGGAGGUGCGCAGUAUCACACGGUGGUACCGCUUCCUGGGCGUCUUCGUGGGGAUCUUCCUGACCUUUCCACGCCUGCUGAUCUUGGCGGGCAUUUGGGGAUAUUCGGCGAUCUAUGGACAUCAUGACGUGGCGACCAUCUUCACCUGCAUGCAAAUCCUGUCGAAUUUGAAGAACAACUGCGACAUGUUCACCAAGUCCUUCGGUCGCGUCAUCGUGAUUCGUCCCAGUCUGCUUCGGAUCCAGAACUUCCUCAAGAUGACGGAGGCUCCGGUGUUGCCACCAGAGAAGACGCCGGGCUGGGUCUCCAUGUGGGAGCAACAUCCAACGGCGGCUCCGAACUUGGAGCUCAAAGGCAGCUUCAGGUGGGGUCCCGAGACUCCUCCGGUUCUGCACGAGCUGAAUCUGGACAUGAAGCGCGGGCACCUCAUCGCAGUGAUCGGCGCCGUGGGCUCCGGCAAGAGCACGCUGAUGCAAGCCAUCUUGGGUGAACUCUAUCCGGUGGAGGAUGGCACGACCCACAUAGCACGACCAGAGGUCAUUGCAUAUUGUUCACAGAUCCCUCACAUUGCGGAAGGCACCUUGCGGGAGAAUGUGAUUUUCGGUCAGAAGGUUGAUGAGGAGCGCUACAGGGCGGCUCUCCACGCGGCCUCCUUGGAGAACGACUUGAAGAUGUUCCCCGCAGGCGAUCAGGUGCCCAUCGGCAGCCGCGGCGUGGCCCUCUCCGGGGGUCAACGCGCGCGGAUCGCCAUGGCGCGCGCCGCCUAUCACUUCAGCGCGGAACUCAUGCUCUUCGAUGAUCCCUUUGGUGCCGUCGACGCGCCCACUGCCAUGGCCCUGCUGGAUCGCUUGUUGCUGGGUCCGAUGCUCCGUGGAAAGACACGGGUGGUCAUCCUGCAACCCGACGCCGAGCGGCUUCGACAUUUUGAUCAAGUGGUGGUCUUGAACCAGGGGCGACUAGUCGAGAACGGAAGACCCGAGGAGGUGAUGCAAACCCAGGCCUUCCAGAAUCUACUCCAGAGCGCGCCCUCGGCGUCGGGCACCUUCCUGGACGAAGGUCCUUCGGACGCGGCCCGCGCCGCCCUGAGCCUGGCCCGCUCCACCACGCCCGAGGGAGGGCCCGAGGAGAACACCUCGCUGCGGGACGAGGAGGCCGAAGGAAGGCCCACAGUGGAGAUGGUGAAUUACUACUGCAAGAUGGGAAAGUGGAGGAAUAUCCUGAACUGCUGUUUGCUUUUCUUCAUCCAGGUUUACAUCUACCUUCUUUGUGAUUUGGUCUUGGCCACGUGGACCAACAAGAUGGCCAGGACUCCCGAGAUGGACGACCGGCCUUACUUGUUCGGAUAUCUCUUUUGGUUGAUCCUGGGGACCAUCUUUUGGGUGGUUUGCUGGAUGUUUGGUGAAUGGUUCACCCUUCAAAUCUCUGCUCAGAUCCAUGGAGACGUCUUGAAGCGCAUCUUGCGUGCUCCCAUCGAUCGCUUCUUCGACAAGCAUCCGGUGGGCAGAAUCAUGAAUCGCUUGUCAGCAGACUUGUCGGUGGUGGAUUUGCAUCUCUUUAUGAAGGCCACCAGUACCAUUGCGAUUUUGUACCAGACCUUGAUCCCACUCCUCUAUGUUCAUAGCGUGCUGCCAUUGGCAGUGACGAUCCUCGCGGUGCCCUUCUACUACCUCAUUUGGUCCUUUUGCGUGCGCUAUUGGAACACCACGGUGCCAUUGAGGUAUUGCAUGUCUAGCGCACGGUCUGAUGUGAACAGUUUGAUCUCCGAUGUGAUGAACAACAACGUGGUCAUCCGUGCCUAUCGAGAUCAGGAGCGUAUCUCUUUGGAGAUGUGUCAUGCUUUGGACAACCAGCUGAAAGCGGGCCUCUUGGGCGACCGAGUCUUGCGAAGAUGGCUGGUGAAUCGCGUGGUCUUCAUGUGGAGCUUCUAUACCACCACCAUGUACAUGGUGGGAAUUUUGAAUGCCAACAGCAUCGGCGUGGGCACCUUGGGCUUGUGCCUCACCAACCUGCUCCUGCUGGAGUCUUUGAUCGAACCGAACCUGGAAGCGGCGACCGGAGCGCAGUUCGAAUUCAUCGCGCUGGCCAGGAUCCACGAGUAUAUGAGCGUGCCACAGGAGAACGAGAUGAGGACCUCGGGGGAUCAGCGCUACCGGAGCUUCUGCGCCCGGAUCUCCGCGAAGCAGCUGGCGGGCGUGAAGUGGGCCGCCUCCGAGCGAGGACGGGUCUUUUACACUCGCAGUGGGACGACUCUGGCAGUGGCCAUGGCCAUCCAGGUGAUCCUCCAAUCCAACGCUGAUGGCACAGCCUUGGUGCCCGCCUUCGAUGGAGGCAAAGGCCCGAUGCCUUGGAUUGCGGUCUUUGAAGGCCGCCCAACGCAGUUCGGAGAGCUGUGCCCCAGCAAUGCCGAGCUGCAGCAGGCGGAAGAUUGGCACAAAAUCGUCUCGGUGAACGACGUGGUGAAGGAUGCCAAAGGCAUGGCUCAGGAGCUGUGUCGGCACAAGAUCACCGCGGUGAGCUUCGCAGGAAACCAACAGGUCUUGGUCGGUGUGCAAAGUGGCUGGUUGUACGAUGGCGCGCAGAUCAAGAUUGAGAAUCUCCGCGCGGGAUACGGGGAUUUGCCUCGAGAUGUCCUGAAGAACAUCUCCCUCACCUUCGACCGCCGGACCAAGGUGGGUAUGGUUGGCACCACCGGAUGUGGCAAGAGCAGCUUCUUGCUGGUGCUCCUGCGUGUCUUGGAGCCACGUGGGGGACGAGUGCUGCUCAAUAGCGUGGAUACCCGUGACGUUGGUCUGGCCACCCUGCGAGAAGCCAUGGGUUUGGUGCCACAGGAUCCGGUUCUGUUCUCGGGCACCUUACGCCACAACCUGGACCCCUUCGAGCAGUACACAGAGGGACGCAUCUUGGAGGCGCGGGGGAAGGCGGUUGGACACGUCACCGUUUUCUCGGGGAAGGCGGGUGGAUGA